AUGAACUCUGGUGUCUUUCUUUGGACCCUGUUGGUCAUCUCUGAUGGACCUAACGCUAUCAUAGGGUUGGACCAGAAUCCCAACACGGAUUUAAAGACGCCUGACCUGAUCACGAAAUACGGCUACCCGGUUGAAGCUCAUAAGGUGGUCACAGAAGAUGGAUAUAUCCUGGAGAUGCACAGGAUUCCUUUUGGAAGGUAUGAAGACAGAAGGUCGGCCAGGUUGUCCAAAAAUCCUAUUCUUCUUCAGCAUGGACUCGCGGGUAGUUCUGCAGACUGGGUGCUUACUGGUCCUGGAAAAGCAUUGGCGUACAUGCUGGCGGAUGAAGGUUACGAUGUCUGGCUAGGAAAUAAUCGUGGGAACCUCUACUCCCGUCACCACCGUGAAAUUCUUUCAACUAAUCGUACUUUCUGGGACUUUAGUUUCCACGAAUUGGGAAUAUAUGACCUACCCGCGAUGAUCGAUUACAUAUUAGAAGUGACCUCCAGGUACAAAUUGCUGUACAUCGGACAUUCACAGGGGACUACGCAAUUCUGGGUAAUGACCUCAACCAGGCCCGAGUACAAUGACAAAGUUAGUCUGGCUGUCGGCCUUGCACCCGCAGCGUACACCAGUCAUAUGCGGGGACCAGUUACGCAACUCGCCAAGUUGACAUACUUUGGUGUGUGGGUCGGUGAGAAAUUCGGCUAUCCAGAGUUCGGUUCUAGAUCACCGUGGGGUAAAUUCGUCGGUAACUUAGUCUGUCACGGUGGAGCUCCAACGCAAUUCCUCUGCAGUAAUAUUCUCUUCCUUAUCGCCGGAUUCAGCCAGGGGGAACUUGACGCCGGAAACCUGACAGUUAUUAUCGGGCACGUGCCAGCAGGAGCCUCUUGGAAGCAGUUUGUCCAUUUUGGGCAAGGACAUAUCAACCCUGGGCACUUUAGAGCAUUUGAUUAUGGAGAAAAUGGCGAUAAAAAUUUAAAACUUUAUAAUUCUUUGAUACCACCGGAUUAUCAGCUCGAGAAAAUAUCAACACCUAUCGCGCUCUACAGCAGUGAUAACGAUUGGUUGGCAACACCUGAGGACGUCGAUUUACUGAGAGCCAAACUGCCCAACAUCGUGGUCGAUUACAAAGUAGAAGGUCGCGUUUUUAACCACUACGACUUCCUCUGGGGAAAUUCAGCCCCCGAUAUUUUGAUAAUUAUUACGUCGAUCAUGAUUUUCCAAUUCGGGAUCGUUUGCUUGGCGUUAAGCCUCGGUACCGAUGCUUUUUCCGUCGAAGUAGAUCAUCCUCGAAUAUCCAAGUUUGAUUUAUCCAAGAAUGUUUUUGAGUACAGCGAAGAUGCCAAUUUAAAUGCCAGAGAAUUGAUCUCUAAAUACGGAUACACAGGCGAAACCCAUAAAGUAACGACUCAAGAUGGCUACAUUUUAGAAUUACAUCGCAUAACCGGCCCGAAUUCUAACCCCAGCCCCAAAAACAAGACUACGAUACUUUUAAUGCAUGGAUUGCUUAGUAGUUCUGUCGAUUGGAUCAUUUCUGGUCCGAAUAAAGCUCUAGCUUACAUGCUAACGGAUGCCGGUUAUGAUGUGUGGAUGGGUAAUGCACGGGGAAACCAUUAUUCAAGGUCUCAUAAAAGGUUAUCUGUGCUUGAUAAACAGUUCUGGCAGUUCAGCUGGCACGAAAUCGGCAUCUACGACCUUCCAGCGAUGAUUGACUACAUCCUUAACAACACCGGGUCCCAAAAGAUCUUCUACGCAGCACACAGCCAGGGAACCACUGCGUUCUUCGUGAUGUGCAGCAUCAUGCCUGAAUAUAAUCAAAAAAUCAUUGCGAUGUCCGCGCUUGGUCCAGUGGCCUAUGUUGGACACAUGAUUAGUCCUUUCUUCCAAAUUUUGUCGCGCUUUGCUCCCAUGAUCGAGAAUGCGAUGAAUUUGCUCGGUAUGUACGAGUUCCAACCUACCGAGAAGUUCAUAAAAAACCUCAAGGUAUUAAUAUGUGACACUGAAGCCUGGUCACAGCCGAUAUGUGAGAACGCUAUGUUCCUAGUUGCUGGAUUUGGCUCGGAUCAGAUGAACAAAACUCUGCUGCCUGCUAUCGUAGGACAUGUUCCAGCUGGAUCUUCUACCAAACAAUUUAUUCAUUACUCCCAAAUGGUCAAGUCCAAAAAAUUCCGUCAAUACGACCACGGCCUGAUAGAAAACUACCGUAGGUAUGGAAGAUUCACCCCGCCAGAUUACCAGCUGUUCAAAGUAACCGCUCCGGUAGUGCUUCACUACUGCGUAAACGAUUGGUUGUCCAGCGUAAAGGACGUAGAGAUCCUGGCCCAGCAGCUUCCGAAUGUCCACGCCAAAAUUCAAGUUCCUCACGCUCCGUUCAGUCACCUGGACUACCUCUGGGGUAUGAACGCCAAUGAGCUCCUCUACGAGAAGGUCCUGGGCAUCAUGAGUUUGUUCAGUCAUCAAUAA